GUGUGUGUGAGAGAGAGAGAGCCCUACUCCCCCUUCCUUCUCCCUCUCCUCCCCCGCAAGCAAAGCGACGCCGCCUUUGUUUGCCUUAGAUCUCCUCGACUCCGCCGCCGCCGAAGCCGCAGCCGCCGGCGUCUGCUCCCCCCCCCAACCCCCAACCAUGGAGGGUAAUAGUACCAACCUCGAUGCGGCCAUAGAGUCGCUCCUCAACGUGGAGAAGCAGAUGAGGCUGGCCGGCGACGUCCCCGGCACCAGGAAGGCCGCCAUCGACAUCGUCGAGCUCUGCUACAAGGCCGCCGCGUGGAAGACGCUCAAUGAUCAGAUCGUGCUACUCUCCAAGAGGAGGGGCCAGCUUAAGCAGGCUAUUACUGCCAUGGUUCAGAAAGCGAUGGAGUACAUUGACUUGACACCAGACAUGGACACACGUAUUGAGCUAAUCAAGACGUUGAGCAGUGUGUCUGCUGGAAAAAUAUAUGUGGAGAUAGAGAGAGCAAGAUUGAUCAAAAGACUUGCAAAAAUCAAAGAGGAGCAGGGACAGAUUGAUGAAGCUGCUGAUUUAAUGCAAGAAGUUGCUGUUGAAACAUUUGGCUCUAUGGCAAAGACAGAGAAAAUUGCAUUCAUUCUGGAGCAGGUCCGGCUGUGCUUGGAUCGUCAAGAUUAUGUGCGUGCACAGAUUUUAUCCAGGAAAAUCAGUCCUAGGGUAUUUGAUGCAGACCUAUCAAAGGAAAAAAAGAAACCAAAAGAAGGUGACAAUAUUGUUCAGGAAGCCCCAGCAGAGAUACCUUCCCUCUUGGAACUGAAGCGCAUCUACUAUGAACUGAUGAUUCGCUAUUACUCACACAACAAUGAUUACCUGGAAAUCUGCCGUUGCUACAAGUCGAUUUACGAAAUUCCAUCAAUAAAAGAGGAUCCAGCAAAGUGGAUACCGGUUCUUAGAAAGAUUUGUUGGUAUUUGGUGUUGUCGCCUCAUGAUCCAAUGCAAUCAAGCCUUCUGAAUGCUACACUAGAAGAUAAAAAUCUAUCUGAGAUACCAAAUUUCCGGUUACUGCUAAAGCAGCUUGUUACCAUGGAGGUGAUUCAGUGGACAAGCUUGUGGGAAUUCUUCAAGGAAGAAUAUGAGAACGAGAAGAAUUUUCUUGGAGGAGCUUUGGGUGCCAAAGCUGCAGAAGAUUUGAAGCUGAGGAUCAUUGAACAUAAUAUCUUGGUUGUUUCAAAGUACUAUUCAAGAAUUACCCUGAAGAGACUUGCGGAACUUCUUUGCUUGAGCUUGCAGGAGGCAGAAAAACAUCUUUCGGACAUGGUGAACUCAAAGUCACUGAUCGCGAAGAUUGACAGGCCAAUGGGUGUUGUAUGCUUCCGGACAGCUCAAGACAGUAACGGGAUACUCAAUUCCUGGGCAUCGAACCUUGAGAAGCUCCUUGACCUUGUUGAGAAGAGCUGUCACCAAAUACACAAGGAGACGAUGAUCCACAAGGCGGUGUUGAAAGCUUAAUCUGUAACCAUUUUGCAUUGGCUGGCUUGCUUAGGUUCUCUGCCUGGCCUUCCAUGGUCAAAUUUUACAAUCACAGGACGUCAAGCUUUUCUCAGCUCAAGCAUCACCUGUUUGCUUUGGGAACUCGUGCGUGAAUGAUCUUAAAUACUGUGACCACAGAAUGAUGAAUAUUAUUUGUUGUUGGGGUUCAAUCGCUGUCCUCCAAUUUGCUUAACAUGUGUAUCUCCCGAAUAUUAUUUGAAUUCUUGGAUUCUUCAAUCAGAUGUCUGGAUUGUCUUAGGUUCUGC